AUGCUAUCAACUGCGAAUUAUAGUAAUAUCUAUGACUAUGGUCGAUUUUCAGUUCACAAAUCUUUAUCUACCCCUUCUAAACUCGGUGGAGAUUUGCAAACUUUGUUAAGUGCCAUUUUGACAAAUACACAAACUUGUUUAGAUGGUCUCCAAGAAAUUAAUAGUACCUCUUUUGAUCCUUGGAGUUUGAGAACUGACAUUUUAACCCCUCUUAUUAAUGACACAAAACUUCAUAGUAUUUCUUUAGCCUUGUUCACCAAAGGGUGGGUUCCUAAGGACAAAAAAGGAACAAAAAUUACUCAAAAGAAGUUAGUUUUCAGAAAUCGCCACUUGCCUUUGAAAAUGUCUGAAAGAAAUAGGGCUAUAUUUGAAACAAUUAGCAGGAGAAAGCUCCAGCAACAAGCUGCUGACCAAGAAUAUGAUGACCAUGUUAAGGUGAGUGAUGUUGUAAUUGUAAGCCAAGAUGGAAGUGGGAAUUUUAGUACCGUAAAUGAUGCUGUGGCUAUUGCUCCAAAUAAUACAGAUGGUUCCACAGGCUAUUUUCUCAUAUAUAUUACUGCUGGUGUGUAUGAGGAAUAUGUUUCAAUUGCCAAAAACAAGAAGUAUUUGAUGAUGAUUGGUGAUGGUAUCAACCAAACUAUUAUUACAGGCAACCAUAGCUACAAUGUUGAUGGAUAUACUACAUUUAAUUCUUCUACUUUUGUUGUGGUUGGUCAAGGAUUUGUUGCAGUUAACUUAACAUUCCAAAACACAGCAGGAGCAAUCAAUCACCAAGCAGUUGCAGUUAGAAAUGGUGCAGAUUUAUCCACAUUCUACAGCUGCAGCUUCCAAGGGUACCAAGACACAUUAUAUGUACAUUCCCUCAGACAAUUUUACAGAGAAUGUGACAUUUAUGGCACAGUCGAUUUCAUAUUUGGAAACGCUGCUGCAGUUUUCCAGAAUUCCAACAUAUACCCGAAACUCCCUUUACAAAAUCAGUUCAAUGCAAUCACAGCACAAGGCAGAACAGAUCCGAAUCAAAACACUGGAAUUUCAAUUCAAAAUUGCACUGUAAAACCAGCAGAUGACUUAAAAUUCAGCAACAGUAGCACGUAAACGUACCUUGGUAGGCCUUGGAAGGAGUACUCAAGGACUAUUUACGCACAAAGUUUCAUUGAUGGAUUUGUGAAUCCAUUAGGAUGGAGAGAAUGGUCAGGGGAUUUUGCACUCAAUACGAGUUAUUAUGCAGAGUUUAAUAAUACAGGGCCAGGUUCUAACACCAGUGGCAGAGUCACUUGGCCUGGUUUUCAUGUUAUUGAUGCUGCUGAUGCUGCUAAUUUCACAGUUUCUAGCUUCUUGCUUGGAGAUAAUUGGUUGCCACAAACUGGAGUGCCAUAUUUCAGUGGUCUGUUAUAAACAUGACCUCGAUAAGCUG